AUGCCGGCAACAGUUAAUAAAGUGUUGAGCGAACUUAUCUUUACUCCGCUCGUUGCGUCCGAGGAUGACCUUUCAGAUGGCUACAGCCACGAAAAUUCCGGGGAAGCAUGGUUCACAGCGGCACAGAGCAUGCCUCAUCUGUGUUAUCGAAAGCCGUCCUUUAUGGCCUCCAGUUUACUGGCCUCUGCUACUUCAGUGAGCAAAAUACACCUCAAACAGGCUUCUACUUAUCCCGCCCUCCUGCGACAUCGCACCCUUUCAUCAAACAGCAUGUCACUUACGUCCAAUAGUUUGCAGCCCUCAGACAGUAAAGGCCUCCAGGUGACCACGGCACCCUCCAAAUCGCUUCGCCAGUUCAGGAUUACAAGGUGGAUGGGCAGUCCUUUCGACCCCAUUAACGCUGCGGUGCACUUUGGUAAGUACAUCUUGUCAAACCAAGGUUGUGCAUAG